AUAUUAAAUAUAAAAGUAAUCAUUCCUUUCUCAAUUCCGCAGCCAUCAUUUUUUUUUUUCUCUUUGCUCCAGCAUCCGCCAUGGCUGCUCUAUCUGAAUUCUUCUCCCACCUCUACACCAUGACCAUGGUCUUUUUCACUCUCGUACUACUUGAAGUUGCAAUCCUUAUCAGGUCCAUCACCGGCGGCGUUUGUAACUCCGAAAAACGCCUCAUCACAACAUCGCAGUACCUGAAAUUGAUUGAAGAAAAGAACCCAACAAUCCGUUACUCGAGAAGACCAACAUCGAGGGUGGAUCAGUCAAAUGAAUGUGCAGUGUGUUUGUCAGAGCUUGAGGAAGGUGAGAAAGUGAGGAGAUUGAAAUGUAAGCAUAUUUUCCACAAGGACUGCCUGGAUAGGUGGCUUCAACAAUAUUUGGCUACUUGCCCACUUUGCAGGACUAAAGUUUUGCCUGACGAGAUUGUGGCUAACUAUCACAGGCUGCAAAAUCAGAUAGAGUAUGAUGGGAGUGAUGAAGAGAUGAUUUUCUUGUUAUCUGCCUUACAUGGUAAUAGUUUACACAGAUUGUUCUGAUUUUGAUACUACUAGGAUUGUUGAGUUUUUAAUUUUAAUUCACUUGGCUGACAGAAACAUAUAUUAUUUCUCUCUUUUUAGGGUAAAUAUAUUUAUGUAUAUAUUUCUAUAUUAGCAAUCUUGUGAAAUUGAACAUCUUGGCCUUCUUCAAUUGCCUGUGUAUUGUGUUUUCUGGGCUAAUUUGUGCCUAAGUUUCUGGUCCUCAACUAGAACAAAUUCCAUGGAUUGGAGGAUGUAUAGAGAAAUCUGUAUUGUGCCAGAAUGCCAAUACCUUGUUUUGGGUAUGAAAGCUUCUCAAAGUAAAAUAGAAAUUUGUAUGUUUAUUAGUAAUUAGUUUUAUUCCAAGAGGAUAAUCAACAGCAACCAGAAAUGAAGCCCAGUUCUCACUUAUCUUGAAACAAUAGAUAGAGUCUUGCUUGGUGAUCUAAUCUAUGAAUCAGCUUCAUGGUUGCUACCCAUGCUUAGUCACUACCAGAACCCACUCUACAUAGAAGUAGGUAGGCCUGCUAAAGCCAAUAGACGUUUCUUCAUUACCAAUACCUAAAAUUUUAAUCUAGAAGAUUGGUAGGUGAUGACAGUGGAGGUUUCUUUUUUAUUUUUUUACUUUAAUUUUUGCUGAAUAAGGGAGUGGAGUCCUUGACACUGAUAAAUCAAUUGUGCUAAGGUAUAGACAGAUUCAGAGUCAGCUCAGAUAUAGAAUGUUGCUUAAUCACUUAAACAAGAGAGUUCAAUAUUCUGUCAACAGAUCAUAUUACUAUUUUCAUUGUUGGAUUUCUCCAAACUUGUUCAAAAUAUGUUAAAAUGUAGAAAAUUUGGAAAUUUCUUGUUGGAAAAAGUAGAGGAAAGCAGAUGUUGCCACUGGUUCUACCUAAUUUAUGUCAGCAAGAACCGUCAUGUUGGUGUUUUUCAACUUAAUUAGGUGUAUUCUUUCUUAAGAUUGCUGUUGUGGAAAACUUUUGUAUUCUCUUUGAAGUCCUUUAAUUUAAAAAAAAAAAAAUGGAAUGAUAGUAAACCUAAUUGAUUGAGGAGCAUGAGAUCAUCAGUGCUCCUAGAAUUAACAUAUUUUAUGCAUCAUUAUUCAUGGAUUACUUAGUGAACCGUACUUGAACAUUGUUAUCUUGGCCGGCCUUUCUCUAAAUUUAGCUGUUAAGGUCAGUUCCAGAGGAUAUAUUAUUUUUUUUGAAAAGGAGGAUAUAUGAUAUUUAUAUCUAUUGCUGAAUGUGGAUUAAGUCUCAGUUUGAUCUAGGCUUUGCUAGUGAGGAAGCAUAUAAAAUUUUCUUUUGCAGCU